AUGGCAACAGUUUCAGAUCUUGUGCUUCUUCUUGUCGCUGGACUGGCCAUAUCUUUUCAUAUGCAAGAGGCGGGUGCAGUUAAGUUUGAGUUAAAGAACCAGUGCGGUUACACGGUUUGGGCGGCAGGAUUACCCGGCGGAGGGCAGCAGCUCGACCAGGGUAGGACAUGGACGGUGGAUGUGCCGGCGGGGACUAAGGGGGCAAGAUUCUGGGGCCGAACUGGCUCUUUCGAUGCGAGCGGCCGAGGAACCUGUAAAACCGGUGACUGCAAAGGCCAAUUGAGCUGCAAAGUGUCGGGAGGCGUUCCGACCACGCUGGCUGAGUACAGCCUGAAUGGAAAUGGCAAAAAGGACUUCUACGACGUUUCACUGGUGGACGGCUUCAACGUUCCUCUCUCCAUCAAUCCUACAAACGGACAGUGUACUUCCCCUGCAUGCAAAGCCGACGUGAAUGCUGCGUGCCCUUCUCAAUUGAAGGUGGAUGGCGGAUGCAAUAGUGCCUGCACUAUCUUUCAAACUGACGAGUAUUGCUGCAGAGGCGCCAAUGCCAACAAGUGCUCUCCCUCAAGCUACUCGAUGAUAUUCAAGAAGCAGGUGCCCUCAGGCCUACAGUUAUGCCAAGGACGAUUCUUCCAGCACUUUCACCUGCCCCUCUGGUACCACUGA